AGCAGGUAUAACGGGUGUCAAACGUGUCUUAACCAAGUCUUAACACUAACCUCAAAUCGGUAGUUUCCAAAAACUUGUGCUAUAACUAAUCCACAAAACAUUUUAAAAAAUGCUAGAGCAAUCUCCACCGUGUAGUGAAAUAAUUGAGGACAUUGAGGAUCUGAUAUCAAUCCAGGAUAUCGGUCCUAAAGAAAGAUACAGCUCCAGGAAAAAUGUUAAAGUUCAAGUAAAAAAGAAAAAUAUCAACAAUCUCCCAAUUCCUGUACCAAUUGGGGAUAAUAUACCUGGCAUUCAAAAGAUUUAUAUUAAAACAUGGGGCUGUGCACAUAACAGUUCCGAUUCGGAAUACAUGGCUGGACAGCUUGCUGCUUAUGGCUAUAAACUGGUCGAAGAUAAAACUCUAGCAGAUCUUUGGUUGCUCAAUAGCUGUACUGUAAAAAACCCUUCUGAAGACCAUUUUAGGAAUGAAAUUGAAACAGGUAAGAAGCAAGGCAAGCACAUUGUUCUUGCUGGAUGUGUUCCUCAAGGUGCACCAAAGUCAUCAUUUGUACAAGGACUUAGUAUAAUUGGUGUCCAGCAAAUAGAUAGAGUUGUUGAGGUUGUUGAAGAAACUCUUAGAGGCAAUACAGUCAAACUUCUUGGCACAAAGAAGGAAAAUGGCAAGAAAUCUGGUGGUGCUUCCUUAUUACUUCCCAAAGUUAGGAGGAAUCCACUGAUUGAAAUAAUAGCUAUCAAUACUGGCUGCCUCAAUCAGUGCACCUAUUGUAAAACAAAACAUGCCAGAGGUGAUUUGGGCAGCUAUCCUCCUGAAGAGAUUAUAGCAAGAGCCAAACUAGCAUUUGAAGAAGGUGUGGUAGAAAUAUGGCUAACAUCAGAAGACACUGGUACUUAUGGUAGGGACAUAGGGACCUCUUUGCCUGAAUUGUUAUGGAAACUGGUUGAGGUAUUAUUUUUAUGAUAAUGAUCAAGCUUGUUGUGAUGAGGUGAUACCUGAAGGCUGUCGACUGAGACUAGGAAUGACAAAUCCUCCAUAUAUUUUAGAACAUUUGGAGGAAAUUGCAAAGAUAAUGUCACAUCCCAGAGUAUACAGGUUUCUCCACGUUCCUGUACAAUCAGGAAGUGAUCAGGUAUUGGCAGAUAUGAAGAGACAAUACUGUAGAAGUGACUUUGAAAACGUCGUGGAUUUUCUCAAAGAAAAAGUGCCUGGUAUAACUAUAGCAACUGACAUCAUCUGUGGAUUUCCCACCGAAACUGAACGAGACUUUGAAGAUACAAUAAACCUAUGCAAUAAAUACAAUUUUCCUAGCCUUUUCAUCAACCAAUUUUUCCCAAGGCCUGGAACACCAGCGUCGCUUCUACCAAAAGUGCCUACACAAGAAGUGAAACAGAGGACAAAGAGACUCACUGAUCUUUUCUAUACCUACCAACCAUAUGAUCAUAAAAUUGGGGAGAUUCAAGAGGUGUUAGCUACUGAAGUGUCACAUGAUAAGAAGCAUUAUGUGACUCACAAUGAGUUCUAUGAACAAGUGUUGAUACCUAUGAGGAAAGAAUUUCUGGGAAAAUUGGUGAAGGUAAAAAUAAACAAGGCUACAAAGUUUUCAAUGAUUGGGGAACCACUGGAUGAAAUCAAAAUGCCUGGAUUGACAAAGCCAUUAGAAAAAGGACAAGUAUCUGGCGUUAAGCUGGAAGGCAAUGUCGAUAAGAAAGUGCUAAUAGCUUUGUUAUUAUUAUUUAUUUCAAUUGUUAUCAAGUUGCUUUGUAAUAAAAAGUAUUUUUAGAGA